AUGCAAUCUGUUGAUCAGAUUAAUCGUAGACGUGAUAGCAAUAGCAGUAAUUCAAUAACUCCUUAUCCUAAUAUACUAAAUAAUCAUCAUGAAAAUAUCAGUCAAACUACUAUAUCCUAUGGCAAUGUCCCCACUUCAGCUGUACAGAACAUAGAAACUACCAGUGCAGCAACACCGGCUGCUACUGCAGCAAUGACCUCGGACGAUACUUCGGCUGCCUCAUUCCCUCCUACUGUUUCCUCCAAUUCACUUACUAUCCACAGGAGACACAGGCUUAGUGUAUCACAUGAAGAUAUAGACUUGCAAUCAGCUGAUCCCGGCACCAUUAGAAUCGAUUGCAGCGGCGCAUACAUUGCCAAUGAUGACUUAUUACGAGGCUCAAUAACUGUUGAAGAUGAUAACAACACAUCACCAUCAUCAUCAAAUACGCUGACACCACCAUCUUCAAGCACAUCAUCGGAUUUGGAAGAUGAUGAAUUAGGAGAUAGUGCAAUUGAAGAUGGAGAACAUCGUAUUCGCAAUGGAGUAAUCACCAAGAAUAAUAUCAAUUUACCUCAGCAUAACGAUGAAAUUAUACACAUAUCGGUAGACAUUGGGGGAACAUUGACUAAAUUGGUCUAUUUCAGCACAUCCUCCUCAUCAAGGAGCAGCUCCACUGGAGGUAAGUUACAUUUCAGAGAUUUUCAAACUGAAAACUUCAAAGUUGAAGCUUUAAGGUUUAUGAUUCAUUUAAUAUCAAAAUCAAUAUCACAACACACUUCACGUCCUCCUAUAACAUACAUAAUGGCCACAGGUGGAGGUGCUCAUAAAUUUUACAACCUCAUGACAAAGACAUUUAGAAAACGCAAAUUACCCAUGAAAAUCAUCGCAAAGGAUGAAAUGGCAUGUUUAAUCAAAGGACUCGACUGGCUCAUUACCAAAAUCCCCCAAGAAAUCUUUACAUACGAUUUAAAUGACCAGUGUACCCGAUUCCAGCCAUUACAAUCAGAGCUGGAAAUUUAUCCAUACUUACUAGUCAAUAUUGGAUCAGGUGUAUCGAUGAUUAAAGUGACUAAAGCUGGGCCUGAUGGAUUUGAAAGAAUUGGUGGUAGUUCAUUAGGUGGCGGUACAUUAUGGGGGCUUCUCUCUCUAUUAACUGAUGCCAAGGAUUAUAAUGAAAUGUUGGAAAUGGCCCAGAGGGGGGAUAAUGAAAAUAUUGAUUUAUUAGUUGGUGAUAUCUAUGGGCUGAAUUAUAACAAAAUUGGUUUGAAAGCUAAUCAUAUAGCAUCAUCAUUUGCCAAAGUUUUCAAGAAAUUACGGUUCAAUAAUAAACCAAUGACAACAGCCGAGAAGUUAUCACAGUUCAAACAAGAAGAUAUUGCCCGAAGUUUAUUAUUUAGUGUCAGUAACAAUAUUGGACAGAUUGCGUACCUUCAUGCAUUGAGAUUCAAUUUGAAGAGAAUUUAUUUUGGUGGACUGUAUAUUCUGGGACAUAUGCAAACUAUUCAUACUUUGAGCUAUGCGGUUAAUUUCUGGUCUAAAGGUGAUAUGCAAAGUUAUUUCUUGAGACAUGAGGGGUAUUUGGGCAGUGUUGGUGCGUUUAUGAUGGGUCCUGCUGUGGAAGAAAAUGGAAAGGGGAAACAACCACAACAAUAG